AUGGAGAACCGUAGAUUCGGACACCGAGCCCCUGUGCGGUUUUCAAGGAGGCCCAGAGCCCGCCCGGCUGGCCUAGCGUGCUUUGCACCGGUGCUAGCAGCGCUCGCAGUCUCGUCUGCCGGUUUCUGUGGCAUGUACCAACUGCACCGGUCGGCGGCAGAGGGCCAGCUGACCCAAUCAAGGCUCGACAGUUUGGCUUCCGCCGCAGCAACCCUCCAGGCCUCAACGGGCUCCGACGUCGCAAUCGGGAGCACGUCGACGGGCAAAAAGCAGGUACUUCUGCUGCACCCCGGCUCAGGUUCACCAGGUUUCGCGGAAGUGCCGCACAUGGGCACUGCGCUCACAGGCAGCAGUCCCAGCUGGACAGAGGCUGCAGCACAGCUCGCUCGACGGGUCAACUGGGAUUUGGGUGCAGAGCCUGUGGAGUUCCGAGUCAUGUCCGUUUUGGAGCUUUGCCAGGCGGAUGAGACCUAUCACGCAGACUUCGUCUUUGGCGUAGACCUUGUGGAGCCGCCGCAGGAGUGCCGAGAAUGGCUCGGCAAAGUUCUGGCCAAGGCGGAUUCCAGAUUGUUCAUCACAAGCUGCAAAUCUCGCAGCACCAGUGCCUUCUGGACUUCAAUGACACAGCUCGAAGGGGCUGGGGAAGCAGAGCUGGCCAAUUCUGGCUUUCUGGGACUCUCUGCGGUUGUGGCGGGAUACAGCGAGGCUGCAAAGCUGCGAGAUGAUGUGACCGAUCUCUGGCACCGUAGAACAGCGGAAGAAGCCGUUUAUGCCAUGCUGCUGCUGAUUGAUAAAGCUGUGACGCCUUUGCCAGCCAUGGUGGAUCAACGUCCUGUUCCAACGGCAGAUACUGUCUUCCGUGCAGUGGAUCGGUGCCAGGAGCAGUUUCGCAACUGCUUUACUCAACCACGGUGCCUACAAAGCUUGGCCUGCCUCUCGCAGUGUGGUCUGGCAGACCAGUCAUGCUCCUAUCGCUGCAUAGUCUCCUACCAGAGCCAG